CUCCGCUGGGAUACGGCCAAAAGGGUGGUUACAGGGUAUCAUUAGUGAGAUGCCCAUCUGUGCAGCACUAACUGUUGGGAAGAAUGUCUCCCCCUAGUGGGCACAGGAGGAAUGGCACCUCCAAGAUUCGACUGACAAUCCUGUGUGCCAAGGAUCUGUCACGGAAGGACUUCUUUAGGCUGCCGGACCCAUUCGCCAAGAUCAGCGUCGAUGGCUCGGGCCAGUGCCACUGCACGGAGCCGUGCCACGCCACCCUCAGCCCCAAGUGGAACAAGCACUUCGACCUGUACAUCGGCAAGAAUGACACCAUUGUCAUCUCGGUGUGGAACAACCGCAAGGUGCACAAGCGGCAGGGCGGCGGCUUCCUGGGCUGCGUCCGCAUCCGCUCCAACGUCAUCCAGCAGCUCAAGGACACAGGAUACCAGCAGCUGGACCUGUGCAAGUCGAGCGCGAUGGACGCCGAGUUCGUGCGCGGCAAGAUCAUCCUGUCGCUGCUUUCCCGCGAUGGCCACGGCGGCAACGGCAGCAGUCACAACGUGGUGGUCAACACGCAGCGCCGUCGCCACCAGCUCUACCUGAGCCGCAACCAGCUGCACCAGCCCGACGACCUACCCGACGGGUACGAGAUCCGCACCACGUCACGCGGCCAGGUGUACUACUGGCACGUGCCGUCGGGCCGCGCCACGUGGCACGACCCGCGCCUGCCGCGCGACGCCCAGCCGCCGCCGGCCGAGCCCAGCCCGCUGCCGGCCGGCUGGGAGAUGCGGCUCACCGACUCCGGCCGCGUCUACUUCGUCGAUCACGUCAACAGGACGACCCAGUUCGCCGACCCUCGCCUCACCUCCGCCCGGCACUCGCGCGUGAUCGAGGACCCGGCCGCGCAGGACGCUUCGGCCGACCCUUCGGCCGUCUCGCCGCCGUACUCCACGCUGCCGAGCGGGCCGGGCGCGGCGGGACUCGACACGGGAGCGGCGCAGGAGAUCUUGCCCAAGUACCGGCGCGACCUGGUGGCCAAGAUGAAGGUGCUGCGGGCCGAGCUGGGCACGCUGCAGCCCCAGUCGGGCCAUUGCCGGCUCGAGGUCGGCCGCGACGAGGUGUUCGAGGAGUCGUACCGUCUGGUGAUGAAGAAGUCACCGAAGGACCUGCGGAAGCGGCUGAUGGUGAAGUUCCGCGGCGAGGAGGGUCUCGACUACGGCGGCGUGGCGCGCGAGUGGCUGUACUUGCUCUCGCACGAGAUGCUCAACCCCUACUACGGCCUGUUCCAGUACAGUCGUGACGACAUCUACACGCUGCAGAUCAACGCCAACUCCGAUGUGAACCCGGAGCACCUCUCGUACUUCCACUUCGUGGGCCGCGUGAUCGGCAUGGCGGUGUUCCACGGCCACUACAUCGACGGCGGCUUCGCCAUGCCCUUCUACAAGAUGCUGCUCAACAAGCCCAUCUCGCUGCCGGACAUCGAGCUGGUCGAUCCGGACCUGCACCGCAGUCUCACCUGGAUUCUGGAGAACGACAUCGAGGGCGUCAUCGACACAACGUUCAGCGUGGAGCACGACAACUACGGCCACAUCACCGUGCGCGAUCUCAAGCCCGGCGGCCGGGAGCUGCACGUCACUGACGAGACGAAGCGCGAGUACGUCAAACUGUACGUCCAGCUGCGCUUCAUGGAGGGCAUCGAGCAGCAGUUCCUCAGUCUGCAGAAGGGCUUCACCGAGAUCAUCCCGCAGAGCCUGCUCAAGACGUUCGACGAGAGGGAGCUGGAGCUGCUGAUCGGCGGUCUGGGCAAGAUCGACGUGGAUGACUGGAAGCAGAACACGCGGCUCAAGCACUGCACGGCCGAGGACGACGUGGUGCGGUGGUUCUGGCGGAUCGUCGACUCGUACAGCGAGGAGAUGCGCGCGCGCCUGCUACAGUUCGUCACCGGCAGCAGCCGCGUGCCACUACAGGGCUUCAAGGCGCUCCAGGGCUCGACGGGUGCCGCUGGGCCGCGUCUCUUCACCAUCCACGUGAUCGACGCGCCGGUGGGCAACCUGCCCAAGGCGCACACGUGCUUCAACCGACUGGACGUGCCCAAGUACCCCAGCUACGAGGUCAUGUACGACAAGCUGACCCAAGCCGUGGAGGAGACGUGCGGGUUCGCCGUCGAGUAGCCGCUGUGAUACCGGGACCAGCGCGCCGCCAGCGCGCAGAGCCUAUCUAUUUUUGUACCGUGUCUGGGCCGGCCGGGCCAUGUCGGCGCCGGUCUGCGUGGAUGGCCGGCGCUCGCGGGAGCUGCGGCCGCCGGCAGGCCUGUGGGAUGUGCUGGCGUCUGUCGGGCCACCGCCGGCGUACCCGCU